CUUGAUUUGGGAUGUUAAAAUGCUCCCAAGACGCGUUUGGAAAGAACAGACGCCAAAUCCCUCCUGGCAUUGUCACGAAUGAUAUCUUCUCAUUUGAUGGUUCUCUGCACCUCCUUUUGUAAGAGUGCAUAAUCUGCAGGUCUAAACAAAGUUGAGGUAUAAGUGAAUGGGCUCGUCGACGCGACACGGAUUUUCUUUUUUUUCUUUUAAUUGCUGGCAAUGUCGAGCAACUCGUCAAUUUUUUUAAACGGUCCUCUCCUGAGAGAUGUCUUAGUUUAAAUAAUUUAACCUUCUUGUUAUCAUGGAUGUAACGCGUUUUUGAUAAGGUAUACCCGUUUACUUUCUUUCUUGCCUUCUUUUGAUUUCUACUUUUGCAUAAUGUGCGUUAAGGUUUUAUAUUAAUAUAAAAAUCUAUGCAAGGGUGAUCUAGAGUCCCUCGUUCAAAGUAAUUCAAGGCAAUAAAUUUAUGACACGAGAAGGUUGAGUCGAUCCUACCAAGAAAAUGUGAGUCAGUGAUUUAAUAAUAGAGAUUUCCUUACGUGUUAACGUGUGGAAACACAAGCAAGCGAUUGGACAGAACUCUGGUGAUUAUGCUAUGAAGUUGUAUGAGUAAGAAUAAGUGGUCGGUGAAGGUGCUUCAAAAAUAUUUCAGUACGUAAUUAUGAGUGUAUGGUGGUGGCUAAGAGUCUACCUUCUCUUAUUUAUUCCCUUGUUUUCUCUUCAUAAGUUUUUCGGAUAAAUGGAAAUAUCGUUUACUUUCUUAGUUUAUUUCUUGUAAUUAUUUAAGAUAAAUAGAAGAUGAGUUAAGGAAACCCCCGAGGCAAUAAUGCAAUUUAUCGAGUUCUUAUAAGACCGGUACUAUAAAUAGACGUCAAUGUUGAGUAGCCUAAGAUGGAUCACCGCUUUGAUGGCGGUGAUGCUGACAAUUACUAUUAAGGCAAACUACCCACCACCGGAAAGACUGACAGGAAUGAAUCCAUGCAUCAGCAAACAAACAUGCCACGAGUGCAUACAAACUCCUCAUUGCGCUUGGUGUGCAGCUCCUAAAUUCUCUGAGAAACGAUGUUUCCUGCCAAACAUCAACACCAAGAUCUUUGCAACCUGCGAAGAGAAAUAUACCUGGAAUCCAGAUAAUGUCUUUAGUAUGCUAAGACAUCGUGAUCUGACCAAAGGAGGUUAUGGGAACAGAGGAUCGGGAGGCUAUAGUUCGUCCAGCUCAUCCAGCUCGGCGAGUUCAUCGAGUUCGACGCAAAUAAAGUCUGGAGGGAGACAAGAGGCAGUGCAGAUCUGGCCACAGGAGGUUAACUUAAAACUCAGAAUAAACGAGGCAUACCGAAUGUCGUUUGCUUACUCCCAAGCUGAAGAUUAUCCCGUUGACCUCUACUAUCUCAUGGACUUAAGUAAGUCUAUGGAAGAUGACAAAAAGAAACUGUCAGACCUGGGACAGUUACUCGUGGAAAGCAUGAGCAAGAUCACGAGCAAUUUCCGACUAGGGUUUGGAAGCUUCGUCGACAAGGUGGUCAUGCCUUACGUCAGCACGAUGCCGAAGGCUCUCGCUGAACCUUGUCCCGGGUGUGCCGCUCCUUAUGGAUACAAGAACAUCAUGCGUCUUUCCCAGGACACCAGUCACUUUGCAGGAUUAGUAAGCAACGCUUCAGUUUCUGGGAAUCUGGAUGCUCCAGAGGGAGGAUUUGACGCUAUUAUGCAAGCUAUAGUGUGUCGCAACGAAAUUGGCUGGAGGGAGAAGGCUCGUCGACUGUUGGUGUUUUCCACCGAUGCUGGUUUCCACUACGCGGGGGAUGGAAAAUUGGGUGGGAUCGUCAAACCCAACGAUGGUCAUUGUCAUCUGGACUACACUGGAUUGUAUACGCAUUCCUCGCUGCAAGAUUAUCCGAGUAUCUCUCAAAUCAAUUUGAAAGUUAAGCAGAAUGCCAUUAAUGUCAUAUGGGCUGUUACCGAGGAACAGAUCAGCAUUUACAAGAGAUUGACCAAGCACGUGGAGGGCUCUUUUGCUGGGAAACUUUCCGAAGACUCUAGCAACGUAGUGGAACUGAUUAGGGAACAGUACGAUGCGAUCUCCAGUUCCGUCGAGAUGAAGGACACCGCCAGCAGUGCGGUAAAGGUUCGAUACUUUUCCAGCUGUCUCGGUGGCGGUGCUCCGAUAGAAACUUCCAAGUGCGAUGGCCUGAAGGUUGGUACGAAGGUAGAGUUCAUCGCGGAGAUCGAGGUCACCAGUUGUCCGGCGAAUAAGUCAGAAUGGAAACAGAGAUUCGACAUCUACCCGGUUGGAAUCAACGAGACCCUAACCGUAAACUUGGAGAUGCUCUGCGACUGCGACUGCGAACAUAAGGGGCAUUCAAUGUACGAGCCCAAAUCGCCAGAGUGCAGCGGGGUGGGCACUUUAAAAUGUGGCGUAUGCGAGUGUUUCGAUGGAUUCUUUGGCAAAAGGUGCGAGUGUAGCCCGCACCAGGACUCGACGGGUUUCGACAAGCAUUUUCAAUCCUGCCGGCCAGAUAACACCUCCCUGGUUGAUUGCUCCGGAAGAGGAACCUGUGCCUGCGGAGUGUGCGAAUGUGAGGAACGAGAGAAUCCCGAAGAGACCAUAUCGGGCCACUUUUGUGAGUGCGACAAUUUCUCGUGCGACCGUGACAAGGGUCUUCUGUGUUCCAACCACGGUACCUGCGAGUGUGGCCAGUGCGCUUGCAAUGCCGGCUGGACCGGACCCUCUUGCAACUGUAGAUCCUCUAACGAUACUUGCAUCGCUCCGGGAACUACCAAUGGAGUGCUGUGCUCGGGCCACGGAGACUGCAUCUGUGGCGAAUGCGUCUGUCACGUCGAAGGAGACAAUACUCGCUAUUCCGGCAAGCAUUGCAACAAGUGUCCGACAUGUCCCAGCCGUUGCGAAGAGUUGAAAAGUUGCGUACAGUGCCAAAUGUACGGUACCGGUAACUAUAGCAAUCCCGAAGACUGUGCCAAAAAUUGUCGAGAGUUCGUGCCGGAAGCCGUCGAAGCGGUCACCGUCGACGUGGACAACGACGAGGUGCCCUGCUUCGGCACCGACGAAGACGACUGCAAAUAUAACUUCGUUUACUACUACAACGAGACCAACUGCCUAAAGGUUAGGGCACAGACCGAGAGGGAGUGUCCGCCCCAGGUGUACAUGCUGGGCAUCGUCCUGGGGGUAAUCGCCGCAAUAGUCCUUAUCGGCCUGGCUCUUCUACUUCUCUGGAAGCUCCUGACGACAAUUCACGACAGGAGGGAGUUUGCGAGGUUCGAGAAGGAGAGGAUGAUGGCCAAAUGGGACACGGGGGAGAAUCCAAUUUACAAACAAGCGACGUCGACAUUCAAGAAUCCAACGUACGCUGGGAAGUCUUAGAGAAGAUACGGAGCGGCACCCUCGAGGCUUCCAGAGAAUCGUCAAACGCCGCAAAGGUGUUAUAAGGCGUGUAAAGUUAACCCCGCGAACGGAAGGGAUCCUUGUUCGCGUUGCACAAAGGACUAAACUAUUUAUACGAAGUAAUUGAGAAUCGAAUCGAUUAAUAUAAUUCCGUUAAGCCAUUACGAUGUAAUACUGCCAUACUACUUAGACCGUUGACGGACGUCCAGCGACCGAGCUUAAAGAGACGAGACUCUUUGCUCCUUUAAACUUUUAUUCUUGUCGAUUAAAGCGCACGAGCUGACAAAGGGGGAACGCUGAAUGGUCGAUUGACGCGUCACGCCAAUGGAUCAUAGUAUCUAUCUAAUUAUUUAACGUAACUCAAGAAACGGAACGCCUUUCCAGCGGUACUACCCUUUUUUCUUAGUCGGUCCCAUUAACAGUAGACCGUAUUUACUUUUUAUACUUACCGAUGCGAAUCGAGUUACGCUUUUGACGACUGUAUAGUUGUACGUGUCAUGUGCCUUGCUAUGCUGUACUUUCCACAAUGUGCCGAAACGUUCUCUAAAGAGACCCUUUGACCGAGGUGCCGACAAUUAUACAUGGGCAGUUGUUCCAUUGUACGUCUUGGUGUACAUUUAGAAGAAUUAAUGUGCCCGUUAUUUGACGUACGAUAAUUAUCCGCCCCCCCCCCACUAGAAUUGCUCCACGUGAAAGGUCCUGUGGAGGCCAAACCGUGCUUCGGAAUUAUUCCAACUUGGUCAGAUUCCGAGUUUCCGUUGAUAAUAAAUUAUUGUUCUAUGCGCGAUUAAUGAUAGGACCGAAACUUUCGUCGCGAACGCACAUUCGUUGUCGCACAAUGAGACACUCGUCACAUUAACUUCCGUUCACUUUUAGAUUAUAUCAUGUAUAAUAUUGUAUAGAUUAUUAUGCAUAAGAGGUGGAGAAACGAGAUCGUACGUCGAAGGUGAAUAGAAGUUAAUUAAUAGGACGUUCUCGUUGAACCUCUCAUAUUUACAUUUAUCACCUCAAACAUUACAGAAAUCAUGAGUAACGUAAGAAUGUCACGUGUCCGAAACAUCCUCAUAGGCUGAGUAACUCGACGUCGUUUCCUGUGGAAAAAAAAAAUUGCGUGUCUGCGGUACGGAUAGUUUUUAAAAAAGUGCUUCAGUUGCGGGUGACCAAAAAUUGUCGCAGGCUUUUUUUUAAGGAAUCAAUCUAUGUAUUUUCUUUGAUUAAAGGUCCACGGAAGUAACGUCGACGACUCUCGAACGGUCCCAACGACUCCUCGUCGAUCUUAUACCGUUGUACUUUUUAAGUGGUUGCGUUUUACUCUAAGUUUGGAUGAAAGCGAUCUGGUGCGACUAAGAACUCAUCUAGAACUGACCGAAUGUAUGAAAUUCGUGAAAAAGGUAUAAUAAAAGUUGUACACUAAUUAACCUA